UACGACAGACGGCUCCUGGGAUACGCCGCUCCCUCAUACCAAAUGGCAAAGCGAUGCAUCCACCCUGAUGCCGAAUCCAUACAUACUUGACAUAUGUCAAUCGCCCAACGGGCAUUUUACCCCGCAUUGCUCGCGACAUUCGGGUGAUACCAUCGCCAUGGCUUGGCGAGAGCGCCGACCAUGUCUCACGACACGAUGCACUAAUCAGAGACCCUUUCUGCUUCAACUUCAGUCAACAUGCAGCUUAUCUCCACUGCCCUCAUUUCCCUCGCCGCUGCCGGUGUCGCGCUCGCUUCGUGCGACGAGGCCUCCCGCUUCGGCACAUUCAGCAUCACCCCUACAACUGUCAAAUCCGGCGACACCAUCACCGGUAACCUGAACCUCUCCUGCGCGCACUCGUACGCGGGGAUCUACCCAAAGUACAUCGACUACUACAUCGAGGUGCCGCAGAACAACAACGGGCACGAGGCACCGAUUCUCCUCGCGCACCACGAGCCUGCGGCGGACGCGCUCACGGACACGUUCACCACCCAGGUUCCUUACGCGACGUACUUUAACGCGGGCUACGAUGUGCUUGCGCAGCUGACGUACGCGGUUGAUGGCGAGCAGCCGGACUCGACGUAUUAUGUUACUGGCGGUGUCUUUGCUGGUAUCAGCAUUACCCCCACUGUGUCUAACUAAGCUCUUUAGAAAGGGAUUUUGUUUGGGGAUAUUAUCUAGUUUACCUUCAGUAUAGGGUUAAUCUGUGCGGGACUCAUAAUAUUACUUGUUGCCGGGAAUCACUUAUCUGCAAACCCAUGGUGCCUACCCGUUUG